AUGUACAACAACCAGUACAUCCCACUGCUGUUCGGAUCUAGUACGACCAACCCCAAAGGCUGGUGCUGGCAGAAUGGCGCCAUGAUAGCCUCGUUCCAGGCCAACGUCCAGGCCGCCAUUUCGUCCAAGACCACAACAGCGUACACAAACGGAUCGUGGGCCCUGCAAAUGUGUGCCUACCAGUGCGGUUCCUCGUGUUCAACCGCUGCAUCGUGCGCCAACUACAUUGUCUCCCAGUUCACGACCACGAUCUGGGGCACCGCUGGGGCCAUCACAGCUUGUACCUACCCCUCGGCCAAUUUUGUUCCAACCGACUGUUCCUGCGGCUUCACCUGCAACGCUGGAUACACCAAGUGCGGAACCUCGUACUGCAUCAACCCCGCCACGCAGACAUGUUCAUCUGGUGUUCCCAAACCUCUCAGGAAGCGUGAUCUCCCCUUUGGCGGCCGGUGUUCGCAUGGCAUGACCGAAUGCCCCACUCGCAACGGUGGAUGGGAGUGCCUCGACACCUCGCGCGACCUCGAGGCAUGUGGCGGUUGCCCGUAUACCAGUGAAGGAGUCGACUGCAGCUCGAUUCCAGGCGCCGAUUCAGUGACGUGUGUUGAGGGCAAGUGCAAGGUCCGCUCGUGUGAUCGCAGGCACUACCUCAACGGUACCGAAUGCAUCCUGAGGUUGAACGAGCAGCACCUUUUUGGUCGCCGGACAACGGUCCGUCGGUAG